AUGCCCCAAAGCGAGCCGAAGCAGAGCCCCGACCUCUCGAUCCGCCUCCUCAGCCUGCAGACGCCACUCUUCGGGGGCACCGUCAUCCACGGUCACGUCGUCCGCGACUCGCACAUCGUCGCCGCCUCCGCCACCAUCCGCGUUCGCCUACUCGGCCGCGCCAAGGCGAAGCUCGUCGUCGACCGCGGCAACAACUCCAAGAGCUACUACCGCAGCCGCUUCGCCUUCUGGCCUGAGUCCGCCGUCGCCGCCGUCGUCCACCGCGGGCCCGUCCACGUCGAGCCCGGCGGCCGCGCGGCCUGGUCGUUCGCGCUGCCGCUGCCCAUCCACACCGACGCCGCGUCCGUAAACGCCUGCGGCGGCAGCAGCGCAAAGGAGGCUUGUUUCCUUCGUCCUGGCGGUAUCCGGCCCGGGCCCGGGGCCGGGGCCGGGGCGUCGGGGACCGAAGGACUCGGGAUCCCCGAGCAGCCGCUGCCCGGGAGCAUGUACCUUGACGGCCGCGGCUUCAGCAAGAAGUGGCACGGCUUCGUCGAGUACUGGAUCGAGGCCGAGCUGGUCGUGGACGGCAAGAGCUCCGUCGUCAAGGCCGCGCUGCCCGUCCAAGUCCUUUCGCCACCGACGCCGGGCCCGCCCGUCCUCGACUUCGGCCUCAACGCGCGGGAUCUGACGGGCCGCGUGAGCAGCCAGCGGCUGCUCCCGGGGAUGGAGCAGGCCGAGCUGUCGUUCAAGCAGAAGACGCAAAAGUUCUUCAACUCGUCCAAGGUGCCGACGUUCCACUUCACCGUCAACGUCCGAUACCCUACCGUCAUCCAGUUGGGCAACGAGGCCAACGUGCCGUUCCUGCUGCACCUGACGCCGAACAGGAACGGGACCGCCGAGGUCAUCCAGGACACGCCGCAGACCGUCACGGUCAAGAGUCUCGAGCUCGAGCUGCGGUCGACGAGUGCCAUCAUCUGCCCGGGCACCUUUGACCCGUACGAGGCGAGCAAGACGCGCAAGAUGAACAUGGCGAGGUUGGACGGGCAGUACCCGGCCGCCGGUGGGGGUAUCGUGCUGCCGUCCGGGCCGAAGGAAGAGCCGCUGGACCUCGGCGCCGUGCUGGGUCUACGGGUGGACGCCCUCGGCCGCGUCCUCCACGGGGCGAGCCUGUGGCGGCCGAGCCUCGGGAUGACGGUGCUUCCGACAUUCGUGACGUACUGCGUCAAAAUGGAGCACAUGCUGCACUGGGAGGUGCGGCUUUCGGUGGCGGGGGAGACUUGGGCUUGCGAGGGCACCCAGAAGAUUCUCAUACUGGCGCCGGGCGAGGGGAUGGGCGUCGGAGUGGCAGAGGCCGCGGCGGUGACUUCGUCGUCGUCCGCUGUUGAGGAGGUCCCGGCGUACGAUGGGCCCGGCGAGAUGGCGCCGGCGUACGAGAAGGUGACCGGGGGCAAGGAGGAUGGGCCGUCGGCCGGGGAAAAGUCAUGA